AAACAAAGAAAACUUUUUUUUGCUUUUAUGUUAUGGUCCGGCCCACUUAGGAUCAGACGCCUUGAAUGUGGCCCCCGAACCAAAAUGAGUUUGACACCCCUGGUCUAGUGGGUCUAGAUGACCCAACUCCCAAUGUUCAAUUUCCUAGGAUAGCACAAGGGAUAAAUGAAUGGAAAGGCCAGCUUCUUGCAGCUGGAGUCUCUGAUGAAACAGUUCUCAUGAAUGCAUCAUCUCACUGAGUUAAGACCAGUCAAUCACCUGAAAAUAGUCAACAAAACUAUAAUUAUUACAUUCAUAAACACGGCGUGUUUGGUCUCCGUCUUCCCCUCCCUCAUUAUCUGGAUUAUAUCCAUCGUCAUUGUGGGGUCUUUGUGUUUUUACUGUUACAGAAGGACUCCAGAUGCGUUAAACCAGCAAACCAAGCGCGCGCCCUGAUGUAAAGUUUAAGACUCGUGCGUCAUCCUGGUGGGAAAAGAAGCUCCGCGGAUAAAAAGAUAAAAGAGCGCAGGCGCAUUUUCCAAGGUGCUUCAUGAAUCUAAAGCCCAACCCAGCUUUCAUUCUAUAAACUGCAGCGCCCCCCUCCCCCUUCCCUCACAGGCUCCGUCUAUCACCGUUCAGUGGGGAGUUGGCGUCUCGGCUGCUCCUCCUGUUCUGAAGAAAGUGCCGGUAUGUCCAGCAGCUCGAUCUGGAGGGGAAUUUGUCGCUGAAGUGACGCGUCAAGGCGCAUUGAUCCAGCUCCAGUCUGGCACCAGACGCAGAGAGUCCCUAUAAACCACAAGUGCCAUGGCAUCAUCAUCAUCAUCAUCAUCAUCAUCAUCACGCUCCCUGGUCAUCGUGUCCUCCGCAGUCUGUCUUUAGUGACCGCGCGCCUUACGCACGACACCUGCAGGCAGAACUCCCCCUCCGUGGAAAUCCUCUGCGCUCCUGUUGCGCUAUGGAGCAGCGCGGCGCGCAAAUCUUGGAAGCGAUGGACUUACGAGUGCCAGUUGGAUCAGGAGCCCUGCCAGCCCCCGGAGCCGAGCUCAUGGCCGCUCCCCCCACAGAAACCUCUCACCUGAUCCCUGCCUUCUGGGACUCCCCCCUCAGUCACUGGAUCAACGUGAUAGUGGGACUGGUGCUCUGCUUCACCAUGCUGGGGCUGGGCUGCACGGUGGAGGUCAGCCAGCUCAGGGAGCACAUCCGCAGACCGAUCGGGGUGCUGCUGGCUCUGCUGUGCCAGUUUGUCAUCAUGCCUUUGGUGGCCUUUCUUCUGGCUUUAGCCUUCUCUCUGGAUGACGUGGCUGCGAUGGCCGUGCUCCUUUGUGGCUGCUGCCCCGGAGGGAAUUUGUCAAAUAUCAUGUCCUUGCUGGUGCACGGAGAGAUGAACCUCAGCAUCAUCAUGACCAUUUCCUCCACCCUGCUGGCGCUGGUUUUGAUGCCGCUCUGUCUGUGGAUCUACAGUCGGGCCUGGAUCAACACCCCGGUGGUGGAGUUGCUGCCCUUCGGGGCCAUCACUCUGACCCUGUGCAGCACCCUCAUCCCGAUAGGGCUGGGGGUGCUGCUGAGGUACCGCCACACGCGCGUGGCCGACGUGGUCUUAAAGGCGUCUCUGUGGUCUCUGCUGGUCACCCUGGUGAUGCUCUUCAUCCUCACCGGAGCCAUGCUGGGCCCGCAGCUGCUCUCCACCAUCCCGGCCUCAGUCUACGCCGUGGCCGUCCUCAUGCCCCUGUGCGGGUACGCGGCGGGGUACGGGCUCGCCGUGCUCUUCGACCUGCCCCCCAGUAGUCGCAGGGCGGUCUCCUUGGAGACGGGGUGCCAGAACGUGCAGCUGUGCACGGCCAUCCUGAAGAUGGCCUUCCCCCCGCAGCUGAUGGGGGGGCUGUACAUGUUCCCCCUGCUCUACGCCCUGUUCCAGGCAGCGGAGGCGGGCAUCUUCAUCGUGGCCUACCGGGCGUACAGGAGGGAGGUCCUGCACAAACCGGACGCCCGCGUGCCCGGGGGGGACUCGGACAUUUCCUAUCAGAGGUUUAUCGAUGAGGACUUUGACUCCUCCUACGGGGCGGUGACAGUGAGUGACCCCAACUCCAUCAUGCUGGAGCCCUGCCCCCCCCACCCAACCCCUGUCUAACGGACUCGUGGUAACUGUUGUCUGUUAGUCUUCAUUCAUGAUCAUUGCUGCGAUGGCUGGACGCUCCACCAGCAGCUCGUGACCCUGUACCUCCUGUGUGUUAAACAUUAAAGCCUGACAAGAUC